AUGUAUUGGAAUUUACUGCUAAGACAUAUAUUUUUUACAUAUUGUGGAUCCUUAUAUUCGCUUAUAAAGUCUACAUGUAAAUAUAUUGCCUUGUCAGACUCUGCACGUUUUGGUGAUGGUGCUGCAAUAAGUUACAAGAGGUGGGUCCAGUCACGUUACAUAGACGCUGAACAGCCUGCAGCUAUUCAGCUCACAGCGAGCUUCCGGAU